AUCCCGGAAGUGCUUACCAGUCGUCUCCAUGCGCCGGCUCCCGGGCGCCGGAGCUGCUGGGCGCGAGGCUCGGACCCGGCGGUAGAACUGGCGCGGAUGCCGACGGCCCCCUGCCGGGAACGUGAGCCGCUGCGCCCGCCGGCCGAGCCCGCGCGCCGAGAUGCUGCUGCUGCCGAGCGCCGCCGACGGCCAGGGCACCGCCGUAGCCCGCGCGCUGACCUCAGCUUCUGCACUCUGUCAAGUUGAACCUGUGGGAAGAUGGUUUGAAGCUUUUGUUAAGAGGAGAAACAGAAAUGCUUCUGCCUCUUUCCAGGAGCUGGAGGAUAAGAAAGAGUUAUCAGAGGAAUCAGAAGAUGAAGAAUUGCAGUUAGAAGAAUUUCCCAUGCUAAAGACACUUGAUCCUAAAGACUGGAAGAAUCAAGAUCAUUAUGCAGUUCUUGGACUUGGCCAUGUGAGAUACAAAGCUACACAAAGACAGAUAAAAGCAGCUCAUAAAGCAAUGGUGUUAAAACAUCACCCAGACAAACGGAAAGCAGCUGGGGAACCCAUAAAAGAAGGGGACAAUGAUUACUUCACCUGCAUAACUAAAGCUUAUGAAAUGUUAUCUGAUCCAGUGAAAAGACGAGCAUUUAACAGUAUAGAUCCUACUUUUGAUAACUCAGUUCCAUCUAAAAGUGAAGCAAAGGACAAUUUCUUUGAAGUAUUUUCUCCAGUGUUUGAAAGGAAUUCCAGAUGGUCAAAUAAAAAAAAUGUCCCUAAACUUGGUGAUAUGAGUUCAUCAUUUGAAGAUGUAGAUGCAUUUUAUUCUUUUUGGUAUAAUUUUGAUUCUUGGAGAGAAUUUUCUUAUUUAGAUGAAGAAGAAAAAGAAAAAGCCGAAUGGUAUCAAAGACAAGCUGAAUUAGAAGCUGCUCGAUUGGCUAAGGAGAAAGAAGAGGAAGAAGUUAGACAGCAAGCACUAUUGGCCAAGAAGGAAAAAGAUAUCCAGAAAAAAGCCAUUAAGAAGGAAAGGCAAAAGCUUCGAAACUCAUGCAAGGCCUGGAACCACUUCUCAGACAAUGAGGCAGAACGGGUGAGAAUGAUGGAAGAAGUGGAGAAACUCUGUGACCGGCUUGAACUAGCAAGUUUGCAGUGCUUGAACGAAACACUUACAUCAUCCACAAGAGAAGGUGGAAGAGCUGCACUGGAGAAGCAGAUAGAAGAAAUAAAUGAGCAAAUUAGAAAAGAGAAAGAGGAAGCCGAAGCUCGCAUGCGACAAGCAUCUAAGAACGCAGAGAAGUCAACUGGCGGUGGUGGAAGUAGCAGUAAAAAUUGGUCAGAAGAUGAUCUGCAGUUACUAAUUAAAGCUGUGAAUCUCUUCCCUGCUGGAACAAAUUCAAGAUGGGAAGUGAUUGCUAACUACAUGAACAUACAUUCUUCUUCUGAUGUCAAAAGAACAGCCAAAGAUGUUAUUGGCAAAGCAAAGAGUCUCCAGAAGCUUGACCCUCAUCAAAAAGAUGACAUAAACAGAAAGGCUUUUGAUAAAUUUAGAAAAGAACAUGGAGUGGUACCACAAGCAGAUAAUGCAACACCAUCAGAACGAUUUGAAGGUCCAUGCACAGAUUUCACUCCAUGGACAACAGAAGAACAGAAGCUUUUGGAACAAGCAUUGAAAACAUACCCUGUGAACACACCUGAGAGAUGGGAAAAAAUUGCAGAAGCGGUUCCUGGCAGGACAAAGAAAGACUGCAUGAAACGCUAUAAGGAACUUGUUGAGAUGGUAAAAGCAAAGAAAGCUGCUCAAGAGCAAGUGCUGAAUGCAAGUAGAGCCAGGAAAUGAUGUAACGACAAUCCCCGUUGUG